AACGUUCAGUUGACGAACUAAAACCGAAUUGAACGGUCGCAUUCUCGUAAUCUUGUACUUGCUCACCGAGUGUAUCGUUCUUAAGGUCCAAGAGUGCAUUGAAGGUCGAGUUCCAUCGAUUGGGUUGAAAGCGUGUGCCUUGAAAAUUGGAAAAUUCACUCAGAAACUGCCAAACCAGCAAAAAUGCUUAAAUUUAUAAUUGUAUUGUGCAUUUUUUCCACGCUCAACUGCAGUCUGGCUGAGCAAACUUCACGUGAUAAGCGUCAGGCUGAAAAGCUGCACAUAACUCUACUGUAUGAGUCGCUUUGUCCAGACAGCAGAAACUUCAUGCGACAAUUGGGUCCAGUGCAUGAGGAAUUGGGGGAGUACAUUGACAUUGCAUUGGUUCCAUUUGGAAAAUCGGCGUCCGAAGAGAAUGGCGCUUUGUUCCACUGCCAGCAUGGACCAGCUGAGUGCGAGGGCAAUCGUCUGCAGAGCUGUGUCAUCAGCAGCACAAACAAUCAAGCGAUUCAGGUGAAAUUCGUGGUUUGCCAAAUGUUUGCCUUGGAUUAUGCAAAUGCUGACAAGUGUACCAAUGAGGCGGGUCUCUUGACAGACGUCGAGCAUUGCAUGAAGACGCCAACGGGCACGAAAUUGCAGCUGGAGGCUGAGCAGAUCACAAAGCUUUACCGUCCCAGCUUUGUGCCCACCAUCGUCUACAAUCAUGUCUUCGAUCAGCAGCUGCAGGACAAGUCUCUGCGCAAUUUCCGGUCUACGGUUUGCUAUUUGCUGCGCCAACAAAUCUCUCUGCCCCCCACAGUGUGUCAAUAAGUCGUGAAAUGUACCAACUGUAUUAUGAGAAAAGUUUUUCAAACGAAACUUGAGAAUCAAUAAACCCUCAAAACAAA